AUGUCGACUACCCUUUUACCCUUCCUUUACCAAACACGGACGCUCCAACGAAUGUCAAGAGGUGGUCUUUCAACUCCUGGAUUCCGAGCUCUUCUGCAUUCGACAACCCGAGCCAACAGCCCCAGGGAACGGCCUCGGCCGAUCAAGCCUACGAACGCAGGACCAGAUGAUAUUCCAUUUCAAUUGCCGGAGGGCUAUGAGCGCCCCGAUAAGAGGACAGACGCCGAACGCGACGCCGAGUCUGGCGUAAAGUCCACCAUCACGCCGUCAGAGCGAGAAGCCUUCACCCGCAUUUUCGAAGAGAUCGCGGCGCGCCCAAAGGCCGGGGCUCCUGCGGAAUCGGCCGCUACCUCACCCGAGGAUGGCGGUGGCGAUAUACCCUCGAAAACAAAAGAGCCGGAAGAUGCGUCUUUUUUGCCCGGCCUCCGCGGCUUCAAAAUGCCAGUGGAAAACUUCCCAGUCAGGACCGAAGAGCCUAACCCCGAGUUGAUUCGCAACACCAUCAACAUUAUCGUGCAGGAUGCGGCCGAGAUACAAACCAGUUCGAGGCGGCAGACAAAAAAGCCCUUUGACCCGCUCCACCCGCUCGAGCAAAUAUCAUCAGCGACAGAGUGGGAAAAGGCGUUCCUCCGCUUCCCUCCGAGCCUGCGCCAGGCGGCUCGCAUGGCACUAGGCACCGUCGAGGAAGGGAAGGCCGCUGAGAGGCUCGGCAACGCUAAUGCCGCCCCGGAAGACGGAACAAGCGAAGAGAAGCGUACAGAUGCGCAGAUGGACCUGGCACUCGACCCGCUCUCGAAAGACGUCCAAAACGAAGCCCUGCGCCGCGAGGAGCGCACCCGCGUCGACGCCAAGAUGCGCGCCGCCAAGAACGACUUUGAACUCUGGGACGUGCUCGAGGACGAGGUGUUCCCGCUCGUGCGCAAGUUCGGCCUCGACGAAGUCGCAUCCAAAACGGAGUCGUCCUCAAAACGCGGCGGCAAGCGCAAGAAGAGCGAGUUACCCCUUCACAUCUACGGCCCGCUGUACCCCGCCUACCUGCUCAACGCGCUCGGCCUCUUCGACACGCACUUUGCCCGCUCCUCGCCGCUGGCGCUGCACAUCCUGCCGCGGGUCAAGGAGCUCGGCCCGGCCAGCUACGUGCUCGGGGUGAGCACGCCCUUCUACAACGAGCUGGCGCGCGUGCUGUGGAACCGGUACGGCGACCCCACCGCCGUGUUCAACCUGCUCGAGGAGAUGCGCGUGGUGGGGCUGUACUGCGACGAGGGCACGCGCCAGGUCGUGCUGCAGAUCGAACAGUUCCUCGCCUCGGUCGGCCAGGGCCACUGGGGCCCCUUCCUCCGCGAGCUCGUCAGCCUGCCCGAGUACGAGUUCGCCGUGCUGCCGCGCAUUCGACACUGGAUGACGACGAUCAAUCAUCAUAUUGUGGAGAGGAGAAAUUCACUGCAGGAGUAG